UAUUGGUUCGGUUGAGGAGAGGCAUCCUUUCAUUCAUUAAAUCUCUUUUGGAUAUCUUUGCCUCUAAACAUUUCCGUUUUCUUUUCUUUUCUUUUCUCCUCGGUUUCUCACACACUCAGAAAACAAUAAAAACGAAGAGAUAUAACUAAAUUAAAGAAACAAAAAUCAUGGGUUGGAUUCCAUGUUCUGGAAAAUCCAACAGUAAAGCUCAUAAGACCACCAAGAAGACGAAGAAGAUUGAGCACAACGUUGAUCAGAUCAAACCCACUUCAGAUAAUUUCAGGACGAAUUCAUCAUUGAGCGAGAAGGAGGCUUCCAAAAACGGAGGGUCGGAUCACAUUGCAGCACAGACUUUUACAUUCCGUGAGUUGGCAGCUGCAACUAAAAAUUUCAGGGCGGAAUGUCUAUUGGGUGAGGGAGGCUUCGGUCGAGUAUAUAAAGGGCGUUUAGAAAGUACUAAUCAGGUUGUUGCAAUCAAGCAACUUGAUCGUAAUGGCCUGCAGGGGAACAGGGAAUUCCUCGUUGAAGUUUUAAUGUUAAGCCUUCUUCACCACCCUAACCUUGUUAAUCUUAUCGGUUAUUGCGCUGAUGGAGAUCAAAGGCUUCUUGUUUACGAGUACAUGUCCUUGGGAUCUUUGGAAGACCAUUUACAUGACAUUUCACCCGGUAAGAAACGACUUGACUGGAACACUAGAAUGAAAAUAGCUGCCGGGGCGGCAAAAGGAUUGGAGUAUUUGCAUGACAAAGCUAGCCCUCCUGUUAUAUACAGAGACCUGAAAUGCUCAAAUAUUUUGCUUGGUGAAGGCUACCAUCCAAAGCUCUCUGAUUUUGGCUUGGCUAAACUCGGACCCGUCGGGGAUAACACGCAUGUGUCUACGAGGGUAAUGGGCACCUACGGAUAUUGUGCUCCAGAGUAUGCGAUGACAGGUCAAUUAACGUUGAAAUCGGAUGUAUAUAGUUUUGGGGUAGUUCUUUUGGAAAUUAUUACGGGCAGGAAAGCAAUUGACGUUUCAAGAGCCACAGGAGAGCAGAACUUGGUUGCAUGGGCACGACCCUUGUUUAAUGACCGAAGGAAAUUUUCGCAAAUGGCCGAUCCAAUGCUCCAAGGUCAAUAUCCUGCAAGAGGCCUGUACCAAGCUCUUGCUGUUGCAGCCAUGUGUGUUCAGGAGCAGCCUAAUAUGAGGCCGGUCAUAGCUGAUGUUGUCACAGCUUUGAGUUACCUUGCUUCGCAGAAAUAUGACCCUGAUACACAACCAGUACAAAGCUUUCGCUUCGCCCCCGGUACUCCUAAAACCAGGAGAGACUGGUAGGAGAGCUCAAUGGUGGUAGUUGAUAUGCUGGACAUGUAAUGAUAUUAAGAUUCGAGACAAGGCUUGUUCUCUUGCCGGUUGCAAGUUCAAAGACGGGGUAUUCAGUUGCAUGCUCACGGGGAAUGUAAUGCCGGUUAUGUUCGAUGGUGACUUCCGCUCAGAGAUUUGUGGAUACUUUUCAGCUGCAUCUCAUUCACCAUAUAUAUACCAAAUUUCAUAUCAUCUGUCCAAUAAAAAGCGCAUUUGCUUCUCCCUUGUGUUUUUUGGUUAGAAAGAGAGUUUUAGUUUUUCUCACUUUUCCUGAAUGUAUAUCCAAACAAACAAGGCUUUAUCUAAAUUGGUAUGCCAUUUAGCAAGUAGUGGUUUUUCCAUUGUAUAAAUCUGCAUUCUUUAUACUAUAUUGGGUGUCUUUUCCAUAAUUUUAUUUCAGGGGCUUUUGUUGUACAGUUCUGCCGUAUAUUUCACUUAUGAAGACUGGAGAGUUGUAUAAACUGAAUGGUUAAGAUAUGAUGAUAUCUCAUUUAUAUACACAAUGGACGCUACAU